AAUAAAUGUUCAGACACACCCCACCGUAGCAGCAGGUAGAUUGAGCAGACUUUGCUUCUGAGAGAGAGAAAGAGGAGACAGGCCCCAGAUCUCUGAAACUAAUCCCCAGGUCACAAUGGUACUUGUGAAUGAAAUCCUCAGCCAAAUUGUUCAAGUAGACCGGGUGUGGAUGAGGCAUCCAUUGUCCGAAUCCUGAGCAACCGGACUUGGGAACAGCGGGAUCUCAUCGCCAAGGGUUUCGAGAAGAAAUACAAGACUAACCUGGAAGGGCUGCUGAAAAAGAAGCUGUCGGGUUACCUUGAGAACACCAUGCUCACUUUGUUAAAAUCGCCUGCAAUGCUGGAUGCUCAGGAACUGAGGGAUUCGAUGAAGGGCUUAGGCACGGACGAGGACACUCUGAUCGAGAUCCUAGCCACGAGACCCAACCGGCAGAUACAGGAGAUCAAAACUCUCUACAAGGAAGAAUUUCAGAAAGACCUGGAGAAGGACAUUACGUCUGAGACCACUGGAAGGUUCCAGAAGCUGCUCCUCGCUUUGCUGAAGGGUCAGAGGGAAGCCAAUUCUAACGUCAUCAACUACGAGCUGAUCGAGGAGGAUGCCAAAGCCUUGUAUGCAGUCGCUAGUCAGAAAAAAAACCCCGAUUUUGAUGCCUGGAUACCAAUUCUGACAGAAAGGAGUCAGAACCACCUGAACAGGGUAUUCAAACUGUACAAGAUCUACAGUUCCAUGGACAUCAUGGAUACCAUUAAAAAACAGAUGAAAGGUGACGACGAGAAAGGAUUCAUUGUCCUGGUGCAGAACAUUCAGAACAUGCCCGAGUACUUCGCCGAGAGGCUGUACGACUCCAUGAAGAGUCUGGGUACCAGGGACAAGAUUCUCACCAGGGUGUUGGCAACUCGGUGUGAGAUUGAUCUCCUUAGCAUCCGUGCUGAAUUUCGGAAAAAAUACGGAAAGUCUUUGUACUCUGCUAUUCAGGCCGACACAAAGGGAGAUUACCAAUGUGCCUUGCUCGGACUGUGCAGAGCGGAGGAUCUGUAGAAGCAGCACCUGGAAACUUUUUGGGAUAAACCCUUUCGUGAUUCCACAGCUGGUCUGUCCCGUCCUACCCCUGAGCUCCACAGAACAUUUCUCUGCCUCAUGCUGUUACGGACAUGUAUGUAAACAAGGAUAGACACACACACACACACACACACACACACACACACACACACACACACACACACACACAGUCUUAUUCAGACAAACAGCCUUACCCAAACACACACAGUCCUUUACAUAAUCACACACCUAGUCUUUUACAUCGUCACACACAUGGUCAUUUACAGACACACACAGCAUUUUACAUGCACACGCACACACACACACACACACACGGUCUUUUACACACACUC